CUCUGUUCAUAAUUGCUGCUCAGCAUUUCUAGUGUUGCAAUUUCCCAGUAAUCUAAAAAGGAGGCCAACCAACUGUUCCUCAAGUGCCUCUGUCGCCUCAGAAGGCUUUCUAGUGAAGUAAAGUUGGUCGGGGGUCAUGGAGUGAGAAAGUGGCCACCCCUCUUCAUCAUCAAGCUAAAAGAGAGCUAUAGACUCCCUGCUCACAAGAAAUGCUGAAAGAGAGAGAGAGAGAGAGAGAGAGAGAGAGAGAGAGAGAGAAGGGAUCUCAAUCCUUGCAAGGAAGAACCAGAUGCCAAGUUCCUUGAAUGAGAAAAGACAAGCAUAUGGUAUAUAUGUUUGGUUUGGUGAAGCACAAGAGCAAUUUGUCUAGGGCGAGUGGAAGUUACCAAGUUAAAUCCAUGUCUCCAUCUCCUCCUCCAGUACAAAAGGUUUAGCUUUGGAAGUAAUUCUGGGAGUUUGGCCAAGGUUUUGCAAGGAGAGGUGAACUUAUAAAAAAAUAAAAAUAAAAAAAAGGAAGAAUAACAAGAAGAAGAAUUUCUAGUUAGGGCGGGGAGAGAUGACCUUCCAUACUAACUCAGCGAGCAGCACCUUGUUUUCUUUAUUGGCGUCGAUAUCCGAGUUGGCUUUUAAGGUGGUUUUACCCUAAGCUUCCAGGCAUUUGAGCUGAGACUAGUAAUGCCAAGGAGAUGGGGAAGAAGGGGAAUUGGUUUACAGCUCUCAAAAGGGCCUUCACUUCAAGCUCUAAAGAUACAGAUAAGCCGAUCGAUGUGUCAGAGAAGAAAAACAUAAAAGAGAAGAAAAGGUGGGGAUUUGGAAGAUCAAAGCAUGGAGAGGUCAAUUCCUUUAUUCCUCUCUUCAGAAAACCAAGCAGCAUUGAACAGAUACUGUGCGAUGCUGAGAGGGAUCAACUCCACAGGACACAGCAAGCACCACAAAAGAAGGUUCUGCCGCUCAAGUCAACUGCGCCUGCUCCUGCACACUUAUUGGCACCUGCACCAAAACCAUUGAUCACUCCAAACUACGUUCAAAUGUCAGCAGUCAAAAUUCAAGCAGCCUAUAGAGGUUACUUGGCUAGAAGGAACUACCGAGCGCUCAAAGGAUUAAUAAGACUUCAAGGUGUGAUGAGAGGGCAGAGUGUGAAGCGUCAGACCAUGAAUGCAAUGAAAUGCAUGCAGAUGCUCGUAAGAGUCCAAUCACAAAUACGUGCAAGGAGGCUGCAGAUGAUGGAAAGCAGGAGCAUCCAACAGCACCAUACCCCACGAAAGAGUGACAAGGAAUUUGAAAGCAGCUUCGGCAAAUGGAGCAUGACUCACCGGUCGGAGGCAGAAGCCCAUGGGGAGUGGAAUGAUAGCGUGCUGACAAAGGGGGAGGUUGAUGCAAGAAUGAGAAGAAAGGUGGAGGCAGUCAUCAAGAGGGAAAGAGCUCUGGCCUAUGCUUACUCUCAUCAGCUAUUGAACGUGUCGCCCAAGUCGGCCCACGCCGUCCUCACCGACAUCCGCAUGGGUGGCUUCCCCUGGUGGUGGAACUACCUCGAACGCCGCCUCUCCGGCGACCCCCGUCCCCAAACCCCGGCCUCUCGCCUCAACCCCAUUGCCUUCACCCCCUUCACCCCCUGCACCCCCUCCUCCUCCUCCUCCGCCCACCCCCAUCCCCGCCCCUUCAGCCGCGGCACCCCUCGCCCCGCCUCCGCAUCCAAGCUCAAGCCCUCCUUCUCCACCUCCUCCCGCCGGUCGGACCACCACCCCUCCGCCGCCGCCGCCGCCGCCCUCCGGGACGACGAGAGCCUCACCAGCUGCUCGGCCUUCACGCUACCCAACUACAUGACCCCCACCGCCUCCGCCAAGGCGAAAUCCCGCGCCUUGGCCACGGAUCACGAGGGGAAGCCCCGCUUCUCGUUCCGGUUCGGCCAGAGCAUCGGGUCGCUGCAGGGGUCGCUCUUCGCGGCGACCAAGGACGCCGGCUCGCAGAGGAUGGGCUCCGGUAAGCACAAGAAGACGCUCUCGGUCGGAGGGUUGAGCGUCGACUCCACCGUCUCUAUGCCCGCCGGCGUCGGAAGAAGACCGUUCAAAUAGUAAGUGUAGGUGUGAUAUUUGAUUGGUUGUUUUUAACUUCUGUAUUAUUUAACCCUUUUAUUUGGCUUUUGUUCGUUCGUUUGUUCGUUACCAUCCAAAAAAAAAAAAACAAAAACAAACAGUUGAUUGAAGAGUGCUAUGUUGGAUUUUGUUGUUUGUUUGCGGUAAGUGGUUGUAAUAAACCAUCAACAUAAGUGUGGUUGUGAUCUUUGGAAAAUAUUGGUCUUUGGUAA